AUUUCUCUGUACAAACACCAAGACACAAAACUCUCCAUUUUCCUCCCAGGAAAAGAAAACCCAGCAAAACCAUGUCGUCCCCAACACUACUAACACCAACUUCCAAGCUCAAACCCCUCCUCCCAAUCAUACACAGACCCACCUCCGCCGUUCCACCGUCGUCACACUCACCACAACCCCACCACCCUUCGCGUCGCCAUUUCUUGUCCCUCGCCGCCGUAACUUCCACAUUAUCCCUUUCAUCGCUUCUGGCAGCGACACCACCGGCUUUCGCAGGCGACGACGAGGAGUACGUGAAAGAGACCUCCGACGUCAUCAAAAAGGUGCGGAGCACCAUCAACAUGGACAAGAACGAUCCCAACGUGGCGACGGCGGUGGCCGAGCUUAGGGAUACGUCGAACAGCUGGGUGGCGAAGUACAGAAGGGAGAAAUCCUUGCUGGGGAGAGCUUCUUUCCGUGAGAUUUACUCGGCUUUGAACGCUGUCUCCGGGCAUUAUAUUAGCUUCGGGCCGACGGCGCCGAUCCCGGCAAAGAGAAAGGAGAGGAUUCUCGAAGAGAUGGACACUGCUGAGAAAGCUUUGUCGCGGGGAAGAUGAGAAUACAAAACCAGUACUGCUUGAAAUUUCGAGAUUUAAACGGCUAUAAUGUUUAAAUUUAUCGAGUUUGUAUUAAGAUUGGGUUUGUGAAUUAUCAU